ACACACAAACAUGACAAAACAAGAAACCUUCCUAGAAAGUAGAAAAUCAACCACACAUAGAAAUGACCAAAUAAGUCCAAAAAUAACCUUAUCCUCCUCACCUUCACAAAAAAAAAAAAACAAUGGAGGGUUGUGAAAACAAAUUACAAACUUUAAUAAUAUAGUACUUGUACUAUAGUAGUAGUAAACUAAGUUAAAAAAUGUUGUCAAAGGAAUUCGAUCUUCCCGAGGAAGUAUUGGAAGUACUGCCGUCAGAUCCAUUUGAACAGCUAGAUGUGGCGCGUAAGAUCACCUCCAUUGCCCUCUCCACGCGCAUCUCCGCCUUGGAAUCGGAAGCCGACGCCCUCCGCCGCCAGCUGUCGGAGAGGGAUGACGUCAUCUCAGACCUACACUCCCAGCUCGACUCCCUCGACUCCUCCCUCUCCGAUGCAUCCGACAAGCUUUCCCGCGCCGAGCAAGAGAAGGAGAGUUUGGUGAAAGAGAAUGCAGCGCUAUCCAAUACUGUAAAGAAGCUUAGUCGUGAUGUUGCGAAGUUGGAAGCCUUCAGAAAGACACUUAUGAGAUCACUCAAUGAGGAAGAAGACAGCCCGGCUGGAGCUCCAAAUCUUGCCAAAAAUGGACAAAGCCGAUCAGAUGAAGAUGCUUCCCUGCCACCUCCUCGGACACAGUCAACAGAGAGUGGACAAUCAUAUUCAGAGGAUGCCGAGUCAGAAACUUCUAGGCCUCGCAUAUCGCCAGGCUUGUUGUUAGCAUCACAGACUAGUACUCCACGUCUUACUCCUCCUGGUUCCCCUCCAAGUCUUUCGGCAUUUGUGUCUCCUUCAAGGUCACCAAGACCACUAUCUCCAAGGAGACAUUCCAUUUCAUUCUCAACAACAAGAGGCAUGUUUGAUGACAGAUCUUCAGUAUAUUCUUCAACCUCAAGCCAGUAUGGCUCGAUGUCAGGCCUUGAAACAGGAUCACAAACUGCACGAGCUCGAGUGGAUGGGAAGGAGUUCUUCCGACAAGUCAGGAGUCGGCUAUCAUACGAGCAGUUUGGUGCCUUUCUAACAAAUGUUAAGGAAUUAAACUCGCACAAGCAAACAAAAGAGGAUACUUUGCGGAAAGCAGCUGAAAUUUUUGGUGAUGAAAACAAGGACCUAUAUACCAUCUUUGAAGGGUUGAUCACUCGUAAUGCCCAAUAAAAUGUCCAAAGCUUCAAUAUAAUCUUCCUAGUUUGGAGCCUGUUGCAUGUGUUUUUACUGUAAAGUAAUGAAUAAACUAAAUGUACCAAAAGUUUGUAAUUAUUGCUUCACUACGUUGGAGCUCCCUUCUUUUGUAGCCGAUAUAUUGUAUCUUAAUUAAUUUAUAGAUUCACCAGCAAAAAGCAUUUCAUGUA